CUCUCUCCCACACCCCGCGUUCCCACGGCCCUGGAGGAAGGCCUUGAGGCGCCAGGCUGGAGAUAACGGUCUCCUGUCCCUCAGCCUGAUGCUGCCACUCUCCUGCUGCCACCUAGCCCCCCUCCCACGUGCCUCUUCUCUCCCUGGAGACCCGCCCCUCUUGACCCUUGUCCUGAAGCCUAAGAAGAAACAGAAGGGGGAGAGUGGGGGGGCAGGCUUAUGGAGAGAGGGGUGGAGGUGGGUGGGCAUGGGAGGGGGCGCCCUCUGUGCUGGUUCUUUACCCCAGAGUACACAGGCAGCUUCCAAAAUAUAUUUAUAUCACCCCCUGAACUCUUGCCAUGGUCAUCACUGCUCCGUCCACAUGGGCUUUGGCCUGGGCUGCCCCCCCGCUCCCCUCAGGCCUUCCAGAUACCAGUAUUCUUGUAUCACCUGCUGGUUGUGGAGAACUUACGAGGAGAAGGGAGAGACUAUUGGGGGUCGGGGGCCCCAUGGAGUCCUCAUGCCCGGGCCUCUUCUCCGUUCUCCCCGCCCCAGACCGACUCCUGCAGCCUUGGGGUCCACAGCUGCCACCCAGUGAGGGGCCCAGGGGAUGCCUGGCACACACACAGCCGGUCUCCGUGAAUGCCUUUGCUCUCUUCCCAUGCCAGUAGGAGAGGCUGAGGCUGUUGGUUUUCCCCUUUAGCAUUUUCUCCGCUUCCAGAGUGAGGGGCCGGAGAAACGGCUAGAAACUCCGCGAACCUGGGCUGCAUUCAGAGCUGUGUGAGGCUCCAGCGGCGGGGUGCAGUGUGGGUGGAAGGGGCCAGGGCUCAGCCAAGUGGUCAUGAGGCCUCCUGGCUGAGCACACUAGUUCCUGAGAGGCCGCUGGCAGGGCUGUGGGGCCGCAGAAAGCUCCAGGGGUACCCUCUCUGCUCUCACCACCGUGCCCCCCAAUGCAGGGGCAGUCAGGAAGCAGGCUUUGGGGGGGCAGUGCCGGCCACCCCCUGGUGAUCGGGGACAAGGGGGCUGGCAGGUAGAGGAGGGACCGAGUAGCUGGGAAAGGUAUGUAAAACCACCCUAGUAUCCUAGGCCUUGGAACACAAGGUGAAUUUUCUGGAACAAACUUUGGGAGCCUUGCUGGGAUACACAUACAUCUCUAGGCAGCAGAUCUGGCCACACGGCUGCCAAAGGGAGGGUGUGGCUUUGCUGGAACCUGGGGAGGAAAAUUAGUGUGGAAGUGGCUCCUUCCGGAGAGCUCCCCGUGCCAGGGAUUUUUAGCCAGGCAGGAACAGACUAAAGGCCCAGGCUGCGGUCUCUGAAUGGGGACUGGGGCUCCCCGCCCCUGAGGGUCUUUCAGCCGGGUCACUCCCUCCCGUCUCCGAGACCUCUUCUGUGGAGCUGUAUGGAUUGUGUUUGGAGUCAGUCCUUCUGGCUGGUUGGGGGCAUCUGGGCUCCCUCGGGGGAGCCUUUCCUAUCGACAACCCUGUUCUGGCCUCUCCUGGGGACUAGGAGCCAGUGGGAGGAGCUUCUUUUCAGUGCACCUGUGCUCUGGGAUGGUUCCACCUCCCCAGUCAACUGGGCCGUGAGCCUUGCUAGAAGUCGGGAGGCCCAUAAAGGGAAACGGAGAGCCCAUAAAGGGAACGGUCUACAACCCCCGUUCAUGGCAUGGAAUGUUUGCUGUGGGCCAGUCUCAUCGGCUGACUGGCCAUGGGGGCUGGUGAGCAGUCGUCACAAGGCCCCCACCUGGCCCAGGAGCCCCGAGGUCACUCUGGAGUAGCUGAAGCCACCCAGACCCUCCUCUGCGACCUUGGAGGAGUUGGUCACGGCCUUCUAAAAGUCCCCCUCUGGAGAGCCUGGGGGCCCUCACUCCUGCUCCCCCUGCCCUCGGCUCCUCUCGCCUGGGUAGUCUUUCCACUUCUGCAGACGUUCACCAUUUCCUCCCUCGAUUUGCUUUUAUUCCUGACUGCUGUCUGGGGAGCCAGCCCUGGCUGGCGUGUGAAACUUGCUGGAGCAAAACUGCCCUCCCCUGAUGUCGCCCCUGUUCCUUCACCUGUGGCCAUCAGCACCGGGAUGCAUUGGCCUGCCUCUCCCAAGAGUCUGGGAUCCCCUGGUUUAAACAGGGUGGAGUCCUGAGGAACGCAGGGCCUCCGGCUGGAAGAUCUGAGUUCAUCGGCUCCAAGCAACCUGAGGCAACUUGUUGAGACCUCUGGGCCUCAGUUCCCUCAUCUGUAAAAUGGAGAUAAAUAGGACCACCUCCACGGCCUUGUGGAGACUAACGGAGAGAACGUACAGAUGCAAAGCCUGGUGUGUUGGAGGCCUCAAACACUUUGCUCACGCCAUCAUUAGAGAAGCUUGCAAGAGUUUCCUAACUGGUACUUGUGUUUUGUUUAUCAAGCCUCCAAUCCAUCUGCACAGUGGUCAGACAGACCUCUCCUCCUGGGAUAGGAACCUUCACUGGCUCCCGGAAGCCUGGCAUUCACUUCGGAUGUGGUGUGCCUUCUAGUUCGCUGCAGCUCUUGGUGCUCUGAUGUGCUUCUGGCUCUUGUGUAAGACACACACACCACGCUUGCUGGCAUGAACGUAGGCUGUGGUGUUUCUGGACUCACUGACCCCGUAGCCCUUCUUCCGGCUAGGGUUGAAGGAUCUCUCAGCUUCUCUGCUGAGGGAAACUGUCCAGCCCAGGACCCCUGGCGGCCAGGGCGGAAACAAGACACCCUGUCCAAACAGUUCUGGGAGGUGAGGCCGGAUGGCUGAUUAGACUGCUGGCAGGAUUCUAAGGGAGGGCCCUACCCCCUGUUGGAGCACCAGUCAGAAGCCUGGUUGCCCCUGCUGACUGCAGGGAGCACCCCUAACCGCCUUCCCUCCUUCCAAGACCACCGAUUCAAGCCUCACCCACUACCAACAGCAUCUUUGCUCCAGACAUGGAGUUAGCAGUCUGGUGAUUUCAUGACGGCCAAAACCAUGGGCAGGAGGGAUGUCCUUGCCCUCUUGUCUUACAGGGCAGGGAAAGGUAGGCAGGCAGGACAUUCCUUACCCUUACUUCUCCCUAAGGUGGGCGGCAGCCAUAGCCCACCUGCAGAGAGCUGGGGAGGGGCUCCCCCUGUUCAGUCCCACGGUUUUUGGUAAACGGGAGUGAUCUAAUUAAUGGGACCCUCCUCAGUUAAUGCGCCUCUUCCAUUUCCCACUUACCCCUCUCUAAGAUGUGACGGCAACUCGUGGACACUCAGUUUUGGAGGUGGUCCCCGGCCGAGGCUGGAGACAGCGCAAGUCCAAGUCGGCAACAGCUCCUCUCUUUGGACCCAGCCCUUGAAAGGGAAAGGGGCGCCUGUUCCUUUAAGGGGCUGGCCAGGCGGGAGCGCGGGGAUUUGUCCGCAGCCCCUUCCUUUCAAGCGCUUCAGGAUCCCUGGGACCCGGACCGUCCGAGGCCGAGCGCUCCGGCCGUCGAGGAGCCGCCUGGGGACGCCUGCCCCGGGCUCCAGCCUUGCCCCGGACACCCUGGCCCUGCGGCCGUGCGUGACGCCAUGUGCCCUCUGCUCCUGUUGUAUCUGCUGCCCUGUGUCUCCGGGCUGCCUUUCUACAACGGCUUCUACUACUCCAAGCCCAAUGGCUGGAACCUGGGCAACGGCCACGGCGAAGGCGUCUUCAACGGGGUAAGGCUGGUGGUAGAGACGCCCGAGGAGACCCUGUUCUCCUACCGAGGGGCCAAUGUGACCCUGCCGUGCCACUACCACUACGAGCCGGCCCUGCUGUCCCCGCGGCCCGUGCGCAUCAAGUGGUGGAAGCUGUCAGAGAACGGGGCCCCGGAGCAGGAUGUGCUGGUGGCCAUCGGGCUAAGGCACCGCUCCUUCGGAGACUACCGAGGCCGGGUGUGUCUGCGGCAGGACAGGGAGCGCGAAGUGUCGCUGCAGAUCGGGGACUUGCGGCCGGAGGACUACGGGCGUUACCGCUGUGAGGUCAUUGACGGGCUGGAGGACGAGAGCGGCCUGGUGGAGCUGGAGCUGCGGGGUGUGGUCUUUCCCUACCAGCACCCCCAGGGCCGCUACCUGCUCAACUUCCAUGAGGCCCAGCGGGCGUGUGAGGAGCAGGACGCGGUGGUGGCCUCCUUCGAGCAGUUAUUCCGGGCCUGGGAGGAGGGCCUGGACUGGUGUAAUGCGGGCUGGCUGCAGGACGCCUCGGUGCAGUACCCCGUCACGCUGGCCCGGCAGCCCUGCGGUGGCCUGGGCCUGGCGCCCGGGGUGCGCAGCUACGGCCCGCGUCACCGCCGCCUGCACCGCUAUGACGUGUUCUGCUUCUCCGCUGCCCUCAAAGGGGAGGUGUACUACCUGGACCACCCUGAGAAGCUGACGCUGGCCGAGGCCAAGGACGCCUGCCAGGAAGAUGGCGCCCAGAUUGCCAAGGUGGGCCAGCUCUUUGCCGCCUGGAAGUUCCGUGGCCUGGACCGCUGUGAUGCCGGCUGGCUGGCAGAUGGCAGCGCCCGCUACCCCGUGGUUCACCCGCGUCCCAACUGCGGGCCCCUGGAGCCUGGCGUCCGAAGCUUCGGCUUCCCAGACCCGCGCAGCCGCAGGUACGGCGUUUACUGCUACCGCCCACGCUAGUCCCCGCGCACCUGCUGUCCGCAUGAGCCCCGCACCCUCCCCUCUCAGGCUCUAUUUAUUGAGUGGUUCCUUGUUCCUUGCAGGUUGGGGCCAUUUUUGUAUUGCUUUUAUACUUCUCAAAUUAAAAACAAAUUUUGA